UACGACGAUCCGCGUGCUCGUACGGAAUCGAAUACUGUUUUGCACUCGGCAAAGCAUACGCGUCGCGCGAACGCGAAAUUUCGACGUCGACGAAAGAGAAGAACGCGCAGUGCUAACGUUAGCUAUAGGGGCAGCGGAACUGGCAGCGACGACGCUACCGAAAAUCUUAACGAUUCGGACGAUACACUGACCUCACUGACAACGGCUGUCGACAGCAGCAGUGACAGUGUAUUAAGUGAUCAAUCAACACUAGCCCGCGGUCUACCCGUACACUUUCCUUCACUAACCGCCGCCGAUUCGUCAAGAUCCCUUGACGAAGACGAUAUAUUUGCCUUAGUAGCCGAGGACGAUCUUCUAUCCGAAGAGUCCUUUGAUCAUUUGGUUAAACUAACAAACGACAAAAUUGGUGACACGAACGAAGAAGACUAUAGCAGCGGCACGGAGACUGUAGUCGAGUCAUCGAGUGGUAGUGGCAGUGGUGCUCCAGACAAUGUACUCGAUGCACCAGAUCAGCAAAAUGCUAUUGAGGAUUUUGUGCUUGAACAUCGGCAACAACAGCAACAACAAGAGCAUGAUCAGCAACACGAAGAUCAUAAGGAAAAUCCUCAGCAUCAAGAUGACAAUGUUGAUGACAAUGGGAAUAAGCAGAAACCCAAUAGAAAUCAUGAUUCAGAACAAGAUGAUGUUGAUACGAUUUAUACCGCUCAUUUAGUGGGCAAUAGCAACGAAAAAGUUGUUUCACUCGCCGAAACAGACUCAACACACUCUUCAGAUCCAGUUAGAGCCAUCGAGAAAGAGGAUAAUUUAGUAAGUGCUACAACAACAACUACCACAACAAAACAUCCAAAGGCAGAGUUAGAUAGUCCAAAUAGAUAUCAUACGAUAUUGGGUAGUCAUUUUGCACUAACACGCCUUAAUCCUUGGAUAUCAGCUUGUGAUCUGGCACAACCUGGUCCAUUAUCAGCACCAGAUUUGCAGGGUGAAUGCUCAGCUGGUACACUGCCUGUUGCAUGGGUCGAUGAGGGCCCUGGUCCGCCAACGUGUCUCAAAUCUUGUAAAGAAGAAACGCCAUUUACAAAUAAGUUAAAUAAGGAUAAUAUGAAUAAUUUAAUUAAUAAUAAUAAUAAUAAUAAUAAUUCGAAUAAUAAUAAUAUUAAAAAUAACAAUAAUAAUAGUAAACAAAAUAAAAAUAAAAACGAUAAUAAAUUAAAUAAAUUAGUAGGUUAUACAACAACAACAAACACCUUUAAUAUUAAGUUAAGAAAUAGUCAGCCAACUAUUAGUCAUAGUAUGAAUACAAAUAAUAACAACAAGAACAACAAAAAUAUGGAUAAUAAUAAAAGUAACAGCAACAACAACAACAUGAAUAAUAUGAAACUAUUAAAUCCUUUUAAUUAUUAUCAAAUAAACACCUAUAACAGCAACAGUAACAACAACAACAAUAAUAAAAUGGCUAAAAUAAGAAGAAAUUCGAAAGAAACAACAUCGUCGGAUCACAGUGAUGUUGAAACAAAUCCAUCAACAACUACAAAUGUUACAACAACACAAAAAAGUGAAGACAAUGUCGCCCAGUCUAAAGACAAGCUGUCAGUCUCACUGCAUUCCAGUGAGGAUUAUGAAUUGUUACAUGAUAUGUUAAUGCAACAAGAUGAAGCUGCCACAAAUACAAAACAAAAUCAACAACAAAUUCAAUACAAUGAUGACGAUGUUGAUGAAGAUCAACGUCAUCAGUUUAAUGAUGCUGCCAUAGCAGCUGCUGCCGUUGUCAUGCAACAACAACAGAAUCAUAACAAUAAUAAUAUUGUUAAAAUGAAGCUGACAACAUCAACCACAACAAAUUAUAAUGACAACAACAGCAACAACAACAACAAUAAUCAAUUUGAUUUGAAAUAUAAUCAUUUUAAACAGGAUCAUGUGAGCAAUGGCAAUGCCAACAACAAGAACAGCCACAACAUGAAUAGAAGAUAUCAGAGCAAUAACAACAAUAUCAAUAACUCACAACAACGUUCUGAUAUUUCGGCUGCCAAUCCAACAACAACAACAACGACGACAACAAACCAUGCAGUUGCUGCCAAUAAUGACAACAGUGAUCAGUAUUUAAAUAUACCACCACCGGAGAAACAACAACAACAGUGCCUUGAAUAUUUGGGCGACAGUGAUACAACAAUGCCCACGCACUUGUGUCAUCUGCUGACGCCCAGCGAUCGUUUGGCACAAUUACGUCAUCUACGUUUGCGUAAUUGUUGCGAACGUAACGUGUACAGUGCAUUGCAUACGAUGGCAUUGAAUGCCACUCUCAGUGGCGGUGCUGGAUGUUUGCGUGUCCUGCAAGAUUUAAUGGAUUUAGAUGCGCUAGCAUCGAGAAUAACAUGUGGUCUAACGGAGAUACUUUUUCGUUUCGAUUGUCGUCAGGUUUAUUCGAUUAUACAUCAGUGUGAUGACUGCAAGGAAGCAUAUCGACGCUGGGUGUGCAGUACUUUGGUGCCGUAUUUUGCUGAGACCAGCGAUAUUAUGAAACCACCAGAAAUCUUAACCACCACUAUAGAAAGUACCAGUUUGGGUAGUGCUAGUAAUAGUGGGGUUAAUAGCCCAAACCACUCGUAUAAAUUACAUGCAUUAAGUCACAGCAACAGCAGCAGUAGUAACAGUAGCAGCAACAAUACCACCAUGGCCUCAAACAUGACUACCUCUCAUACCGCAACAACAUUAGCAAACAGCAGCAGCAAAAUUAAUAACAAUGAAACAGAUCUGUCAUCUGCAAUGCCAACAACAAAACAAGCAACAUCGAAUUUUAUUACAAACAGCAACAAUAAGAAACAUGACAUGCAAUAUAAUGGCAACAAUUAUCAGCAACAACAUUUCUAUAUGCAACAGCAACAACAACAACAGCAUCAUGUUAAAAGAAGAAACAUACAAAAACAACAGCAUGAACAUGAGCAGCAACAAAAACAUCAACAUUUUAUCAAUCAUAUAUUGAUUGAUAACAGCAGCAGCAACAACCACAAUAAAAUUAAUGACAUUCAUUAUAAAACGAUUUUAAUUCACCAUAAAAAUCAACAACAACAACAAUUGCAUCCCUCUACCAUUUCCCAGGCAUUAAUAUUUAAUGACAUUAUCACCCUCAAUCCACGGACUACAAGUCCAAGGUAUCCUUUAAGAACCAGAACUACUGCACGUCUUCAAAGCUUUAAUGCAACUAAUGAGGCAGCAUUUGGACUUAAUUUUCAUCACAAAUCAACGAAUAAAAGACGAAAACGCAGUGAUAAUUCCACAUUAACAACAACUACAAUAUUUGCUGAUGUUGUUGUUAACAGACCAUCCAUGUCAUCAACGCCAUCGUUGUCUUCAUCAUAUGCAUCGUCGUCAUCAUCAUCAUCAUCGGUGAUGCAUCAAGUGCAGAGACAAAAGCAACAAUCUUUUAAUUUCAUAUCGACUGCCAACAAUGAGGAUUCUUUUUAUGCCAAGAAUCCAGUGAUAACCAAAUUAUUAAAAAGAUCAAAACGUAAAGAAUUUGAAUUUCGUAAACGACGAAGAAUACGACCCUGCCUAAGUGUGUGCCAAACAGUAGAGCAAAAAUGUCCAUAUCUUCUACCAGCCGAUCGAGCGCCCUCGAUGCCUACACAAUACGCCGGCGAACCAACAUUCUUAUGUUUAGAUUAUAAUAUAGCAGAGACCAAAGAACAAUUGGAAAAGGCCAGCCAUGGACCCAAUGACUGCUGCUAUACGUACUGCAGCAAUUCAGGCGAUGGCAUUUGCACGUACUGCAACGAUAUGUGGGAUAAAACUGAAAUCGAAAAAGAAGUCGAUAUUCUAACCGAAGAAAGAGAAACGAAAGUGUUUAAUAUAACGAUGAAGACAAAAGAUCGGGGACAAAGUAAUGCUAAUAUCAGAGUAGAAACUAAGAUACAGCAAAAAAUGGGUGAAGAAAAGAAUGGCCUUAAAAUGUCCACCGUUGCCAUAGCGGUGCGUAAUGAUACAGCAUUCGAAAAUGCCACACUUUUAGCCGAACGGCUACAAUAUUAUGCCUUCUGUGACGGAGUCUUUUACUAUGACGAUGAUGCCGACGAUAUGCCCGAAUAUCCGAAUUCGGAAAAUUGUCGCGAAUUGCCAGCAGUACAAAGUCGCUGCACCAUACCCUACUAUGCCACCAAUUAUAUGUCAUCGGCCGAUAUGUUGGGAUCGUAUCGCAAACAUAACGAAGCUCAAAAGCUUUUAAUCUGGUUGAGUACACUGCUGUGUCUGUGGUCCUGUUAUAGUGCUCGUUCUAUGAGAAUGAGACGUUAUAAUGAGGACAAGAAACAGCAACAAAGUGAACAAGAACUAACACAUCAAACUCAACAACAACAACUACACAAGACAACUAAUACUGCCUAUAAGGGGGAAAAUAUGUGCCAGAGUUGCCAAACUCGCGAAAUUAUGCAAAAUGAGGGAAAUUGUGAAAAAAUCAUUAAAUUAUGGUACGAUGAUCGAGAAUGUAGAAUUAUUAUAAUCUAUUGGUUAAAAAUUACUAACGUAACGAAAACAACAACAACAACAAAACAACACAAAAAGUCCUUAAGAGCAAAUUAUUUACUAAAAAGAAAUUUUCCACAAAUUCUACGUAGAACGAGUGUUAAGUUGAAUUUGAAAAUUUUAGAAAUUCCCUCAUUGAUUUUGUUAAUAAAUUAUAAAGAAAUUUUAUUACUUUUAUUUAAGAAAAGGCAAAAACUAAGAAAACGAAAAAUUAAAAGUUUUCCAACAACAACAACAAUGGCACGACGACGACGAAUAGUUAAAGGAAAAUGUUGGCCCUUGAUAAGGGAUUUAAAAAGAUUCAGAAAUAUGAAAUCGAAACCGAAAAAAUGUAGUUUUAAAUAUAAAAAAUCUUAUUAUUAUGAUUAUUAUAAUUAUUAUUAUUACUGUAGUUGUAGACAAAUAUUUAGUUGUAGUUGUAAUAAAAAUAUUAUUAAUAAUUAUUAUAAUAAUAAUAUUAAAAAUAUGAAAAAGAAAUUUAAAUAUAAUUUUAGUACUUGUAAUUUUAAAAAUACUACUAAUAAUAAUAAUCCCAACAACAAGAACAACAACAUAAUAAUCAACAACACCUUAACAUUAUCAACAACAUCAUUAUCUUCAUCAUCGACAGCAUCAGCAGCAGCAUCAUUAAGUCAAAUUUUUAUUACAAAUAUGAUUUUCAAAAUCUCGAGUACGAUGUUUUUAAUAAUAAUGCAUAUGUUAAUAAUGUUAAUAAUGCCGUUAUUGUUUAAGUCAUUUUUGAAAAUGAAAUACAAUAAUAAUCAUCAUAUGAAAAAUAUUAUUAUUAUUAUUAAUUCUAAUCUUAGUCUUAGUCCAAAUACUAGUUAUAAUAGUAAAAAAACAAAUUAUCGUUAUUUUUAUUAUUAUAAUUUCAAUAUUAACGAUUGGUGGCAACGGAGACGAUGGUGGUGCCGGCAACGACGACGACCACCACCACAUCUAACAUCUACAACGUCUCAUUAUAUGCUGGAGAAGCUUAAACAUCAUUUACUCGCCGAGUCCUUGUUGUUGUGCAUGGUGAUCGACAUAAGCAGUCAAGCGAAUUUUGUUCCAUAUAUUUUAUUAUAGUGCUUUGUUUUAUUGUUGUUUUAGUUUUAUACUAAGUUUAAUUAAUUUAUUUAUAUCUUUUUUAGAAUUUUAAAAAGUUAUUACUUGUUUUUUAAUUAAAUAUUAAAAUUCGUACAUUUAAAUUAAAUUUGUUAAACUAUUUAGCUGUUAUUAGUCACUUUGCUCAAGAAUAAAUCCGCGGAGUGAUGAAGAGACUAAUGUGUGUACUUCGAAAUAGACUGUUCUGAAAACUAUACUGAAAAUAAUCCAUGCCUAAUAUACACGAAAAAUAUUGUAGAUUAUACGAAAUGUUUCAUGGUUUCGCGCCACGAAAUUCUUUCGUAAUAUAUACGAAAUUGUACGAAAUAUUCGAUUUUCGAUUAAACAAUAUUUCGUAUUAUACACGAAAAUUUCUUAUAUAUUACGAAAAAAGUAGUUACGAAAUUUGUUUUCGUAAAGUUAAGCAUGGAUUAUUUUCAGUGCAGUAUAGCGACUGAUCUAUACGAAGGCUAUACAAUAGACCAGCCAGGCGACUUAUCUAGUCUGUUGAAGUAUCUCUUGAUAGGUCUGUGCCUAUUGACUAGACUACUGACAUGUCAUUGGACUAUUUUAUUUAAUAAUUUAUGGACUAUUCUAUUGAAUAGUAUUUGUACUAGUCUAUUCACUAAUCUAUAGUAGAUAGUCUAGUAUAUUGCUUUAGUUCACUAAUAAAUAGACUAGUCUGUUAACUAUCUAUUAAUUCAGUAAACUAUAUUGUUUACUAGUAUUUUGACUUAUCUAUUGAUUAGCUUUUUGAACAAGGCUAUUGACAAGACAAUUAGUUGACUAGUCAAUGAUCUUAUCAAUUGUCAAAGUCUGUGGAUUCUCUUUUCUCUUCUAUUGAUCACUCCGUAAACUAACAAAUAGACUGUUAUGUGGACUAGUUAUUCGAGUGUCGUGUAGAUUAGUAAUCGAAAAUUCUGUGGAAUUAUUAUUCUUUGCAAAUGUCUAUUGUGUAGCCUAUAGACUAGUCUAUUUGAUUAAUGUCAAUGUCUGCCAAUAUUACUACUUACUAAUAUGUUAAUUAUAUUAUUGAUUAGUCUUUAGUCUAAGCUAUGGACAAGGCCAGUGACUAGUCACUGGACUAGUUCUUUAUGUUAUGUCGAUAGAUUCUAAUCUAUUCCGAUCAUAAUCUAUCGACUAGCCUAUUUACUAAUAUGUUAACUAUAUUAUUGAUUAGUCUUUAGACUAAGCUAUUGACAAGGCCGGUGACUAGUCACAAGACUAGUUCUUUCUGUUAUGCCGAUAGAUUCUUAUUUAUUCCGAUCAUAACCUAUCGACUAGCCUAUUUACUAAUAUGUUAACUAUAUUAUUGAUUAGUCUUUACUAAGCUAUGGACAAGGCCUGUGACUAGUCACUGGACUAGUUCUUUUUGUUAUAUCGAUAGAUUCUAAUCUAUUCCGAUAAUAAUCUAUCGACUAGCCUAUUUACUAAUAUGUUAACUAUAUUAUAGAUUAGUCUUUAGACUAAGUAUAGACAAGCCCAGUGACUAGUCACUGGACUAGUUCUUUUUGUUAUGUCGAUAGAUUCUAAUCUAUUCCGAUAAUAAUCUAUCGACUAUUGUGUGCACUAGUCUAUUCUGGGGACUAGUCUCUUGAGUAGUCAUGGACAAGUAUAUUGAUUAGUCUGUGAACUAAUCUAUUAACUAAGCCAGCGAUUAGUCUCUGGUCUAGUCUUUUAAGUAGUCUAUAUUUACUCCGAUUUUAAUCUAUUGACUAAUCUGUGGUCUAGUCGACUGACUUAUUUGCACUCUAUUGACUGUUCUGAGGACAAGUCUAGUUACUGAGUACUCCACUAGUCUAUUGGACAAUCUACAGACUUGUGUUAAUGACUCAUCGAUUGGCUAUAUUAUUAACUAGGACAGUUA